GCGGCCAAAGUCGCCCCCCGGCGAGGGACCGCCCCGGCACGGGGAAGGGAGUGAUGGCUCGUUUGUGACGGCCAAGGCAUCGGUGGCGGCUGACUCACCGUCGCUCUCUCGGGAGAGCGGAGUGAAGACUUCCCGCCGCACGCCGUCGCCCGUGCCCUCCGCCUCCUCCACGCCGCCCCCCUCCUCGAGCCUGCCCGGCGAGAGUCCCCCGGGCUCGGCGCAGCCGUGCAGCCUCGACUCGCGCAUCGAGAUGCUGCUCAAGGAGCAGAGGGCGAAGUUCCCCACCUUCCUCAUGGACGACAACGUCCCCAGCGGCGAGAGGGAGGCGACGCGCGGACGGAGGAGGCCUCCGUCCCCGCCCACGCCUCCCACGCCCAUCUCCACCAUCUACGGCUUUGAGCUGGAGGAGAUCUCGCCGACACCGUUGUCUUUCUCCGACGAGUCGGACAUUGGUGAUGAGGUGGAUGACAGUCGCGACGAGAGGAGCUCGAGCUCAACGAUCCUCAAGGGCGUGGAAGCGAUGGUGUCGACGCUGCGCAAGGACAGCGAGCUGAGGCCCUCGAAGCCGGACGUGUUCAGCCCGGACACGCGCCUAUCGUUCAGCUCCGAGAGCGGCGGCGCCCACACGCCCAGGGCCGAGCAGCAGCAGCAGCAGCAACCUCAGCAGCCGCCGCCGACGACGCCAACGACGUCGUCUUCGUCGCGGCCGAGCAGCAGGACUCAGACGCCCAAACAGGACGUUUGGCCGCAGACGCCGAAGCAGGACAGCUGCCCGGCGACGCCCAGCAAGAGCCUCGGUGGCGCCAAGCCCGACAGCCGCCCCUCCACGCCGAGCAGGCCGCCGCCCCUGCCAGCUAGGUCGGACGGCGAGGGCAGGCUGCCGUCGGAGUGCGCCACGCCCAUCGUGGACGCCGAGGACAGCAGGGGGGCAGACGUGGAGAUGGUCGAGGUGCCCAGCGAGCCUCCACCUCCCAAAGAGCUGUCGGACGACGACAUGGACAUCUCGGACAAUGAGACGGGGCAGUCCUCGUCCAUCUCCGCACCCAUCGAAGUGAACUCGCCCGUACCCACCUCAGUGCCCCACCCCCUGCCAACGUCCAUCCCCCCCACGGGGCCGCCCCCCAUCAACCUGCCCCCCCCGCCGAUCCCCCCGCCCCCCCACCCGCCCCCGCCGGGAUUCCCCCCCUCCAUCCCGCCCCCCUUUUCCAUGCCACCCCUUCCGCCCCCUCCCUGCGUUCCGCCGCCCCCUCCUCUGCCAACGCUGGUGCCGCCCCCUCUGCCGCCUCCGCCGCCGCCGCCGCCUCCUCCGCCGCCGUCCUCCGUCCUGAGGCCUCCGCUGCCGCCCCCCCCGGGGCUGCCGAUGCCCCCGCUGCCCCCGCCGCUGCCCCCGCCCCACUCGGCCAUGCCGCCGCUGCUGCCCCACUUCCACUACGGCAUGCCCAACCAGGCGGAGCUGGUGCGGCACUGGUUCCGCAGCACCGCGCCGGGGGCGCCCAUGUCCUUCCAGAUGCAGACGCAGAUGCUGAGCCGCAUACACAUGAUGCAGCGCUACUCGGCCAACUCGGCGGGGAUGCCGGGCCAGCCCGCGCCGGGCCAGCCCGCGCCCCACGCUCCGUACCCUUACCCGUACCCGCUUCCCAGGCCUUCUCACGCCGGCGGCGCCGGUGGUCCCGGCGGUCCCGGCGGCGUCGGCAUGGGCGGCAUGGGUCACUUGCAGGGGCCGCCGAUGUCUGGCGGUGCCGCGCCGCCCUACCCGUCGGCGCAGCUCUACCCCAAGCUGCCGCUUCCUCUGCCACUGCCGCUGCCGCUGCCGCCGGUGACGUUCAACCCGGCGGUUCCCCCGCCAGGGUACAGGCCGCCCCCCAAGAAGAAGGACGACCCCCACCAGGCAACGAUCGAUGGCGUGCUGGAGGCCGUGAUGACCGAGCUGAAGAACAUCAUGAUCCGGGACGUGAGGAAGCGAAUGGUGGAGGGUCUCGCCUUCAAGACCUUUGACCACUGGUGGGAAAAGCAGGAGAGGAAUUUCAAGACGCCCUGCAAGGAGGAGGAGGCCGGCAAGUCGGAGGAGGUCGCCAAGCCGGAGGACGCUGGCGGAAAGAGCGACGAGCCGGGCAAAGUGGCGGCGGAGCCCAUCUCGGCGUUGCUGUGCGGGCCCUCGCCCUUCGAGAGCUGGGGGAAGGGCUCGGUGCUGGGCGUCGACGGCCUUGGCUUCGGCAUGGGCCUGCGCGGCGCGCUGAGGUUGCCCUCCUUCAAGGUGAAGCGGAAAGAGCCCCCGGAGCCAGCUGCCGUGUCGGAGCAGAAGAGGGCGCGCCUGAGCCCCUCGUGCGAGCUGGAGGAGGAAGACGAUGAAGAGGAGAGGAUGAGCGACGCCUCGGAGGCCGAGGGGCAGCCGGUUGGACGCGUGCGGAAGCACAGGGUGGCCCGGCCGCUGGAGCUCGACAGCGAAGGGGAGGAAGAGGAGGAGGAGAAGAAGGAGCAAGAGAUGUCAGUGGAGGAGGAGGACGAGGAAGAGGAGGAUGAGGAGGAGGAGGAGGAAGAAGAAGAUGAUGAUGUGGAAGAGACGGAAGAGGCAGCGGCAGAAUUGGCGGAAGUGGUGGAAGAGGAACGCUCUGACGUGGAGAAGAAGGCGCGAGCAGUUGACGUGAAGAUGGAAUCGGAUGGCGCUCAGACGGCCAGCGAGGUCUCCUCAAAGUCCGGCACGGAGUCGACCUCCGCAUCCGGCUCGGAGUCGCAGUCGGAGUCGCGUUCUGGCUCGGAGACGCAGUCGGAAUCGGAGCCGGAGUCUGAGCUGGAGACGGCGAGUCGCGUGUCUCCAUCGGACGCCCGCCCCGCGGACAAGGCCUCGUUGUCCAUCUCCUCGUCCUCCUCGUCGUCGUCGUCUUCGUCGUCGUCCUCCUCCUCCUCGUCGUCCUCCUCCUCCUCGGAGUACGAGAGCAGCUCUUCGUCGUCCGAGUCGUCCGAGUCCGAGUCGGAGGAGGAGGAGGAGAGCGCGAGGCGCGAGACGAGAGCGCGGGCGAGCGCUGGUGCCGUGGCGGCGGCGCUGGCGCGCGACGACGAGGACUACACGUUCGACGCCGACGACGAGGGCGACGAGGUGCCCACGGCAGACCUGCCGGCGUUCUGCGAGCACAAGAGUGCGCCGGGUUCCCCCGUGGCGGCAUCGCCGCCGCCGCCGCUUGCCGUUGCGGCCGCUCCGCCGGGCCGGCCGGUUGCACCGCUCGGCGUGGGGCCGGCCACGCCACCGGGCGCCCCGCCGCGCUCGGACGAGAGCGACCUGGAGACGGCCGAGUGCGACGACGAGGAGGAGGGGGACGUGCCUCGGACGCCCGGCAGGGACCCGCCGCUGCAGUCGACGUUCUCCGACGUCGACUUCCCCGAGUCGCGGGGGCCGCGGCUCUCCUCGUCGGAUGCGGACUCCUGCGGCGGCGGCGGCGUCGUCGCGUGGAGGAUUGCGGCGCAGAGGCCGCCACCGACGGCGCCGCACGGCUUUGCCGUGCCGCAGAGGGUGUCUUCGACGGCGCGGACGUCGCUGUCGGACUCUGUCACUCCCGCGUCGCUCCUGGGGUCCCUGUCGGGGUCGACGUUGCUCCCUCCGCGGUCGCCGAAUCUUCACCUCAACAUCCCCGUGACGCCCGGCAGGGACAUGGGCUUCGUGUCGCCAUUUGCCGAGGCUUUGCCGCGCAGCCCGGCCGCCAGUGACGGCGAGAGCCAGCGGCGCGUCCUCGCAUCGGCCGACUGUGGGCCGCUGCCCGGCAAGGAGUUUCCUUCGUUUCAGAAUUCGCGGACCUUUGUUGGCAAGGACGACGACACUGCGAUGGACACCUCCUUGCCCCCGCUGGACGGCAAGGAGACGUCGAGCGGCCAGAAGAGGACCGAGAGUCUCUUCAGGAGGGGCGAGAUCGAGUGCGACAUCUCAUCGGACGACGACGUCCCGGAGCACAACGGGGCCGUGUCGGCCAUACUCUCCUUCCUGUCGGAGGACGAAGCGCUGGAGGAGAGUCGUCCCUCGCCCGAGCCGCCGGUGGACGAGAGGGAUCGGUCCGAGACGAAGGACGACGUCGCUUCGCCGCAGGCCUCGUCCCCCGCCGUGACCCCCGAUGACAUCUGCAAGCCGAGGUCCGAGGCCAAAGUCGCCGACGUUUGCGAGGAAUCGAAGAGGUCGACGUCGGACAAGAUCAAGCUGCGGCCCGUGGUGAUGCUACACUCGAGGGACUGGGAGAAGCUCAAGCAGUUCCGCUACGUGGACGCAGACCGGACGGAGAAGGUGGUGACACUGAAGCUCUCGGCGCAGCAGUCGGCCUUGCAGGCGGAGCUCGGCAAAAACCUGCGGUACAAGGCCGACUCCGGCACCGCCGCCGACGUCGCCGCCGAGCUGCUCGCCGAGAUCACGCAGAAGGGCGCGCGGGAGUCGCGGGCCGACGGAGCGACACGGCCGUCGGAGGACGAGCGGGAGGACGGAGAGCUCGGGCGCCCGGCGGCGGAGAAGAUGGAAGUGGAGGUCGUGUGCAAGCGAGAAGUGGAGGCGCCGGAGGAGACCACGGAGGAGACGGAGGAGGCGGAGGAGGAGGAACGGGAGGAGGAUCGUCGCGUCGUCGGCGAGCUGCGCCUGCGAGCGGCCUCGUUCACCGAGAGCCCCAAGCCGGCAGAGACCAAGUUGAGAUCGAAGCGCAGGGGAGUUGUUCCUGUGGAGACGGUGCCCGCGCCGUGCGUCACGAGCGAAGCCGCCGCCUCGCCUCCCCUCCUCCCGGGGCCCCCCUCGUCCGCCGAGAAGACGCGGUCCUCCCGGGACGGCGGGGAGCUCGUAGCCCGGGACUCAGAGUCUCGACCGAUAGGGACCUCGAUCGAGACCGAGUCGAGGCUCACUCCGCCGGACGAGGAGAUGUCGCCGCCGCGCGACGAGGUGGAGGGCGACGCUUCGGCGGCGUCGCCUGCCGAGGAGGCGGUGCGGGAUUCCAGGACUCGUGACGUGGAGGACUUGAGGCUUUCGGGCGCGGCCGAGGAAAUGGUUGUUCAAGCCAAACUCGUUGAGAAGGUGCACGACCUGAAAGAGGAGCUGGUGUCGGUGGAAGAAGAGGAGUUGAAAGAAGAGGUCUUGAAGAGGAAGGUUCCAAAAGAAGAGGUGUUGAAAGACGACAUGGAUGUCACGAAAAAUGACGACGUCAUCAACAAGAAGACGGUGAAGGAUGAGGUGUUGAAAGAGGAGGUAAUGAGAAAGAAGCCACUGAAGCAGGAGGCCUUGAAAGACGACGUUAAAAAGAGGACAGUUCAGGAGGAGGUUUUGAAAGAGGAGGUCUUGAUAAAGGCACUGAAAGAUGAGGUUUUAGCAGACGACGCUGUCAUAAAGAGGACGGUGAAGGAAGAGUUACCGAAAGAUGACAUCGUGACAAAGAAGGUGCUGAAAGAAGAGGAGUUGAAGGAGGAGGAGAGGAGUGAAGACCGGCUCUCCGAGACGAUCAAAUCCGAGGUCCUGCCUGAGGCCUUCCUGCCAAAACCCCUCGCUCAGGAGCCGCCCCACUCAGAAGCUCCCAAGGUGGACGUGAGAACGUCCACGCCGCAGCCGGGCGUCACGCCGAUCGCCGCCGCCGCCGCCGCCGCCGUCGCCGUCCCCAUCCCCGACGCGCUGACGCCGGUCGGCGUUUGCGGCGGCGGCGGCGUCAGCAGCGGCAGCGACAGGGGCGGCGUCGAGACGGCGCUGGCCGAGGGCCUCCUGGCGGAGGCGACGGCGGCCACGCGGCCCAAGAUGGGUCGGAAGGGCCGGCGGCGCGGCCUGCGGCCGUCGGAGGGGCUGGCGGCGCGCAUCCCCACGCCGCCGCCCUCGCCGCCCGACUUCCAGUUCCGCCCGCGCAGCCAGUUCGAGGAGAUGGCGAUCCUCUACGACAUCUGGGACAUGGGCAUCGACGCGGAGGACGUGGAGUACCUGCGCACGACCUACGCGAGCCUCCUGACGCAGGACAACAGCAUGGAGUGGCUCAACGACACCCACUGGGUCCCUCACCCUCAUAUCCUUCCCGUGAUAGCGUCGCGCAAGGUGGCGAGCGACGGGCUGCGCGAGCACGCAACGGGCUGUGCCCGCAGCGAGGGCUACUACAAGAUCAGCAUGAAGGAGAAGGCGCACUACCUGGCCGAGCGGCUCGUCGCGCUAGACGAGCAGCUUCCGGCCGACACGCAGGGCAUGAGCAUCCCGGCCCAGCCGUCUCUGUCGACGCGCGCCGGCUCGGAGCGGCGCUCGGAGCAGAGGAGGCUGUUGGCGUCGUUCGGCAGUGGGGGUCCGGCUGACAGCGACCUCUUCAAGUUCAACCAGCUCAAGUUCCGCAAGAAGAAGCUCAAGUUCACCAAGAGCGACAUCCACGACUGGGGCCUCUUCGCCUUGGAGCCGAUCGCGGCGGACGAGAUGGUGAUCGAAUACGUCGGCGAGGGCAUCCGGCAGGUCAUCGCGGACAUGCGCGAGCGGCACUACGAGAAGGAGGGCAUCGGCAGCAGCUACAUGUUCCGCGUGGAUCACGACCACAUCAUCGACGCGACCAAGUGCGGCAACCUGGCGCGGUUCAUCAACCACAGCUGCAACCCCAACUGCUACGCCAAGAUCAUCACCGUGGACUCGCACAAGAAGAUCGUCAUCUACUCCAAGCAGGCCAUCGCCGUCAACGAGGAGAUCACCUACGACUACAAAUUCCCGAUCGAGGACGAGAAGAUCCCCUGUCUCUGCGGUGCCGAAAACUGCCGGGGAACCCUGAACUAGCGACGCCGGCACAUCAUCCGUUCGCCUGCUCGCUCGCUCACCCGACCAGCUCGGCCGAUCUCACCUCCUCGAAUGGGGCAGGGCGAGCGGGCGAGCUAAGUUCCCUGGGUCGGUCAGGCAAAGAGGACAGGAGCUGCGCGUGUGGGUCGAUGGUCAGCACGGGCAACUGGCGCGUCGCGUCAAAGGCCGUGAAGGACCAGAGCAAUUCUAGGGCAAUGGUCACCGGCAAUCUGCUCCAGCAAACGCAUUCACGGUGGCAACUUGGUUCGCCAUUUGGUAUGGAGGCAUAGAGUUCCCCCCUAGCCAAUGAAAACAAGAGUUUUUCUUGAAAGUAGCAAAACAUACCAACACAGAACAGUAAAAUCGACAUGUGCAAUAACAUACCAAGAAAACAGUAAAUCUAUGAUUAAAAAGUGCGUUUGAUGAAGAGUGAUUGCUUUUCAGAGCACAUCACCUCGGGUAACCAUAUAAUGCCACGUGACGCCUGUCUUGUGAUCCGAUUGGCAGCCGCCCAUGGGCAGAGCAGCGGUCAGAUUUGUCCAGAUUUUGGACAACUGCAUUGUUGACGAUAGAAAGUCAUUUAGCAACUUCACUGCCAGCGACGAUUCCCACCGAUGAUCGCCCUAAAAUGAGCGUGGGGGCGCCACGGCCUUUGACGGCGACGCGAAUGGCCCGACCGGUCUGAACGGCGACGAGGACGACGACGACGACGUGGAACCGGCACCGCCGAGAGGAGGCCGAUUGUUUAUUUUCACAUUGCUGCUACUGGUGAACUUUUUGAAAUGCGUGCAAAAGCAAAAAAAAAUGUAAAUAGUAUAUUUUUGUGACGGGAGAAGCACUCGCAAAGGAGGGAGAUGGAACUCUUUUGAUUGCUCAAUGCUGGCGAGGAGGAGGACGACAUGCCAGCGUUUCAUUAUGCGCACACGUUUUUACACGCCCAAUCCCCCGUCCCGUUCUGCGUUUUCCGCGGAGCUCUCGUCGUUAUUCGCGCCCGGUUCGAGGUGCUCGUUCACGUGUUUUUUUUUCCCCGGGUUGACUUGACAUGGGGGGGGUCACGGGGUGCCAGGGGAUGGGGGUGGGGUGACAGCGCCGCUACACCACCCCCCCCCCCCAUCCCUCCGAGUACCCUCAACCUGUUCCACGGUUUACAGCGGCGAACAGCGAGCACGGUUUUCUUCCGGGAAGAUCGCAAAACUGGGAAAACCGUUUUUUUGGAGAAAAAGUUUGUUGCUUGAAUAUUUAGUUUUCGUUUUUGCGAGUUUGACUUUGCGGAUGUGACACACGUGUCCCCGUCGCCACCGAGAAUCGGUCCCUUCCUUACCGGCGCGGCGCAGGGACUUGCCGUUCCGGCUGGCUCGGACGCCCGGGCGUUCUUCGUGUGCGAGAUUGUGGUUUUAUGGUUUUGUUGUUGCGAGUGACUGCGUUAGGGGUUUUGUUGAGGGGAGCUAUGAUGACGAUGUUUUCUAAGUCACUUUCAUUUGGGGUGGGUGGGGGGGGAUGUUUGCGUUUCUUGUAUUUUAAUCGCUUUGGGGCUGUACAUAAGACACCCGGGGGCCCAAGUCCACCGUGUGCAUAGCGCGGCGUGGGCUCCCACCGGAGCUUCUGGCUCUUUCUCCGUGCACUCUUUGUAAUUCUGUCCUGUAUAUAGUUUUGUAAUUGAGCGCUGGCGAAUGGAAAAACGUGAGUACUGUUAAAUGGGGCGUUUGUGAUUUUUCUUUUUUUACUUUGACGUUAGCCGAAUUUUUGGUUUGGCGGUGACGUGGGGAGCGCGCUCGGGUUCUCUAGGAGCCGCGCGUUGUUGUCGUUGGGGUGAUACGGGAGUGAAGUUUGCUUCGCCGGGCGAAGUCACUUGUGUGCGGGCAUGGUUGCUGGUCGCCGGCACAGGUAAGAUGGUGUGUGGCCCGGCGUGACGCCAUCGGGAUCGUAGAAGUGCUCGCACCGCACGCUCGGACCUGGAUUUGACACCGGAGUCGAUCGUCGGGAUUUCAAAUGUUUACCACGUAUCAAGCUCAGGAGCGGGAAAGCAGGAGCAACGUUUUCUCUGAACACUGUGCCCAUGGUGCACCGCGGGUAAUUUUAGGAUGGUCGCCGUCUGCGAAUGAAUGGUUUGCUGGAAAGGCUUGAUCACCCCACAUAUUCAUAUAACCUACGCUAAACUUCUUUUUGAACAGGUUACAUGCCAUUUUCAUAGUUUUUAUUGUGUCGUGUACGCACACAUGGUCGCACAAUGACCGGAAUCACAUUUCUCAUCCGCUUAAUUAACUGACUGUUAACAAAAGCCUCCCACUGCUUUCUGGACAGAUCUUGUGGGUUGUCGAGUUUUUUCAGCACAUCCCUCGAUUUAUAAUGAUAUCAAUGUGGCUGUCCAGACCCAGACAAGUGUCAUCGCUGCUUCCCUUCGAGGGCAACUGUGAUGGCAACGUCCCAUUGGUCACCGGCAAGAGGUAAAAAUGACGAUCCGAGGUUGUUGUGCUCUCAAAUCGAAUACAUUCUUUCUAAAAAGUUGUUUUAAUUGGCCGGAAAGAAACGUAUGCGUUAACAAAUGCUUCACCGAUGGCAAAUUGCCCGAGUUUUAUCCUGGAGUUUAGAAAUCUGCAGCGCUGGCCCAUCGUCCUUCACGCGCGCGGUGACCGUUGUCGAAUUGGCUGUUGUAGAAAUAUCGGUCCGAGUCUUUUGGCGUUGCCGGCGAUCGGCGGUUCGAACUGUGAAGUUUCUCAGGGGGUUGUGUGCCCGCGUGCGAGGAGCGAUCGGUCCCUCGGAGGUGUUGGUGGAGCGGUGUCGCGACACGGAGGGAAUGUUGCCGUUCGGCACGACGAGCAGUUCGGUUGGGAUGAGAGCGGUGUUUAGUCGGUCUCCACGUCAGGUCUGUUUCGAGUCUUGUCUUGGCGGCAACCUGUGGAAUUUUAGUCUGGAUUUUAUUUUGUCAGCAUUUCUUGGUGACGAGAUGCAAUCCGCCGACGCAUUUUUGUUUUUAACUCCACGCGUAUCGUCUUCGACUCGACUAAGACUAGAAUCAUUCACACACCGAUCAAACGAACACUUGGACGAGAGCGAGCGAGUGCUGUUAAGUUUGUUUUUUGUGUUUGUGAACGCGUCUGGAUAAGAACGCGUGUGCAUCCAUCACUCGGUCUGGAGGAGAGGUGAUUCUAACCCGCAGGGAUCGACGACCAAAAUAACGAAAUCAUUUUUUUGACUUCCGAAUUCAGUAGAAAACAAACCCCCCCCAUCCCUCAAUAUAUCAAGAGCCACAAUGCACGUGAUGAAAAUACGUGACGGGAGGCCCUUAAUAAAUAAUGCCACGAAGCAAGUUCCUUUUUAGAGCCGCAAGGUUUUGUGACUCCUGUUCCAACUCGUACCUUGGGUUUUAAAUUUUUUUCUGUCUCGAAAUGUGUCCGCAGCUGAAAUUCGUUUUCUGCAACCAUUGUUUUGUUUGCCCUAAACCCAGCCUCAACUCUUUUUUUUAAACGAUUGUUUUUCUUUAUAUAUUGUGCCUGUUUUGGUGCUAGACAAAUUUAAAGCGCGUGAAUAUUUAUUCUUUUUUUUUCCCGAACAGUCGUGGCUGUAAUGUACAGAGUUGUAUAUAUCUUGUAAGUUAAAAUUUAACCCCUUCUCUGCCAGGACUGCGCCUGGGAGAUGGAUGCCGAGCGGUGAUUUUGGUUCAUUGUUAAGCACUCUUACGCUGUGUACAUAAUGUUUAUAGCCGGACGAAUCUACCCAGCCCUACAUUGUCUAACUGUACCACAGUAUGUUUUAUAAUAUAAAGAA